AGGUCUUGGCCAGGAUUGGACCACUGGCUCGAAUAUAGGCAGAGGAGAAAAGAAAACCCGAAACCGAAUUUUCCAGCGACUUUCAUCGGCGCCUCCGUUCCCCCAUUUUCCGGCCAUCCCUCCCUUUUAACUCCAUACUUUCCGGCCAUUUAUAUUACCCUUCCAACCCCCUGAUUCCUUCGUCCCUUCCCUUCCACCACAAUGCCGUCCUCUUCUCCGGCCAUCCUCCCUGUUUCCAAUUCCGAAUCUCAACCUCAAAUCCCCCUUUCCUCAUUCGCCAGCCACAUCUUCCUCUCCCUCCGCCACGCCUUCUCCCGUCGCCGCCCUUGGCCGGAGCUCCUAGAUCGCUCCGCCUUCUCCAAGCCAGAGUCCCUCUCCGAAGCCACACUCCGCAUCCGCAAGAACUACACCUAUUUCCGCGUUAAUUAUUUCGCGAUUAUAGCCCUAAUUCUUGCGUUUUCAUUUUUCUCAAAUCCUUCGUCUCUGUUCCUCUUGAUCGCGCUUCUUUCCUCUUGGAUCUUCCUCUACCUCUUCCGCCCUUCCGAUCAGCCACUUGUUCUGUUCGGCCGGUUGUUCAGAGACAGCGAGAUCUUGAUUGGCCUUGUUGUUUUCACCGCCUGUGUUAUUUUCCUCACCAGCGUCGGAUCCGUUCUUGUUUCGUCCCUCACCGCCGGUGCCGCUGUCGUCUGCGCUCACGGCGCUCUCCGAUCUCCCGAUGAUCUGUUCCUUGAUGAACAGGAAGUUAACUCCACUGGAUUUCUUGGUUUAUUCGCCGGCGCCCCCUCUGCUGCCGCCGCCUCCGCCGCUCCUUCCGGCGCGUAAAUGAUGUGAUUAUUGAAACCAUAUGUGCUUCUGUGUGUUGAUUUGUUCAUUUUAUUAUUUGUUUGAUUGAACAUUUUUGUUGUUCAAUUGUUACCAUUCAAAUUUGGGUGGGGAAUUGUUUCAAUUUUUAUAGCCGGAGAGUUUUGUUCAUGUUAAAAAUUUGUAUCAACUUAGGUUUGAUCCAUCAAUUCUAUUUAUUUUU